ACAAAUCCGUACCCAUCUCAACUGCACCCAAAAACCUUCGAUCUACGGCCAAGAUUGGUCUGUCAUCCUUCUCGUCGGAAGCGUGCGUGGUGGAGUUCCCCCACCGUCUGAAACAAAAUAAAUAUCUCUCAUCCUUAUCCAUUAUCAUGUAAUGUAAAGUGAUUUCUUUCCAAGAAACUAAUAAUCAUUGCUGUCUCUUUUAAAUACGCACUUUUACACACACACACACACACACACGUUAUCGGAUAGAUUUGAAACUUGUGGGAAGCCAGAGAAGAAAGAUGGUUCAGACGGUGCCCAUCAACUCUUCUUUAAGCGCUUUUCUUGUGGAUUCGAAUGUUUUAUCUCAGUCUUCGAAAUCAGCUGCAUCGGCAAGUGUUUCUUCAGUUUCGAGAAUUUCUUGUUCUGCUUCGAGGAACAAUGUUUAUAUACCAAAGCUGGAGCCUUUUAGCAGAAACAAGAUUGAUAGAGCUGUCAAAGAACCCCCUUUGAUUCAGAAAUCCGAAGCUCAAAUUGCGGAUUAUUGUUCGACGCUUGAAGGUGACGAUUCCUAUAACUGCUGGACGGCCUAUUUUGAACUCAAAGAGCUUGAAAAAGAGACCCCCAAAGAGGAGCUGGAGAAGCUGAUAAUUGAAGCAGGUGGAGUAAAAUCACUUAUCAGUUUCGUACAUGGAGUUGCAUCCAUUCACAAAGCAAAACAGGACUGCAGUAAUUUGCGUAAACAAACCAACCUUGAGACUUCAGGAGGAAGAGCCUGUCCUGUACCUGAUGGACUGCCAAAAACAUCAGAAGAGCUUGAGGAAGAAGAGAAGGCUAGGAUGCCAGAUUCACCAUUCACCAGAUUACUUAGAGCCAGAGGAAAACAUCCUGCUUGGUACACCCCUGCACCUGAGCACGAGACGGAUUGAUGUCGUUGCAUCGAUUAUGCAUAUAUGAAGGGUAUAUAGUAGUUGCAUUAUGAUUUGAUUAUGGGGCCUUAUCUCAAGUCAUGGUAGAUUGUGUAUAUAAUGAGAUCCUCUGAUAAGACUUUUUCUAGUAGGAGGGAAAGUGUUGUAUAAUAUUGUGAAUAAAAGUUCUUCGAUGAAAGUAUGGUUUGACAUCAAAAUA